UACGGUUUUGAUCAAAUAUUUUCGUCUUCAGAGUAUUUCGGACCUAUCAACAAUGCCGGACAAUUUGGGCACGAGGCCUGUCAAAGUUAUGAGGUCUCGAAUCAAGAAAAUGUGCCCGUUUUAAAAGAGAUAAUUUAUUUAAAUGCCAUCCCUGGAGAAAUUCCGUCAACCGAAUAUAGUAAAAACACUUGGGUCUCAGAGUUAGAGACCGUUCCAUCUAACAGUGUUGUUGAUGCACGUACCGUCUAUGCUUCGGAAAACAUAAAAAUCCCUCCCGUUUUGCCUGAAACCAUCGCAAAUUUCCAAUGCUCAGAAUGUAGCAUAUCUACUAGCUGUGAGUGCCAGCUUGUUUUGCAUAGACUUCUCAAUCAUUCGACACCAGAAUUGCUUAAGGAUCUAUCGUGUCACAUCUGUGGAAAAAAAUUCUCAAGGGCGUCUGCAUUCAAAGGACAUUUGUCUCUCCAUCUUGAACUCACUGUUCCAGUAUCGUCAAACCAAUACCGCUGUCGCCUAUGUGGGGCAAAUCAUUCAUCGCUCACCCAACUUCGAAUGCAUUACAGACAAAAGCACCCUAAAAAGCACGAUCAGACUCGCGACCGCAGCUGCAAUCCUGCGCCGUCCGUUCUUUUUGAUCAGUUUGAUUACUCCCAACAUAUAAAGAAAAUUACCCAGUCAAAGAACAAGCAUGUAUUUCUUUGUAACGUGUGCAACAAGAAGCUUGCCUCCAUAACUACAGCUAAAGCUCAUGUAUUGGUUCAUUUUGGGUUUAAACCCUUCUCUUGUCCUGUUUGUUCCAAGUCUUUUACUCAAAAAGGAUCGGUAGAGACUCACAUGGCAGUUCAUAACGCCGCGAAAAAGCUUUCGUGCCCUUUUUGUCAACGCAGGUUUACAUUCAAACAAAAUCUCGACGUUCAUGUUUCAAGAUAUCAUAAUAAGUCGAAAAAGGUGGCGUGCCCUGACCAGCGCUCGCCUGCGAGCCACUCAUUUAUGAUAGCCUACAAAUCACUGUCGGCCUCCCUGCUCUCUACCAUUCUUAUUUUUUUGUGUAUGUUUACUAGUUUUGCGAGCCGCCGCUUCGCAUGCCGCUAUUGUUUUAUGACAUUUUCUAGUCUUUCAACUCUCAGCUGUCACCAGUUAUUACAUUUCACGAGGAAUGGUUCUUCGGAUUCUUAUGCAUUGAAAAUUGAAAAAAAGCUCAAGUCCAGGCGCUUGAAAUUGUAUUCAGAUAGAUACAAGUAUGGAAGUCACCCUCGCCUUUUUUCUUUCUUAGAACAGGGAAUGGCAGAUAAUUUACGGAAACGCCUUCCGGUUUCGGUUCUAUCUGGUGACAGGUGUUCUUGUUGUUCGCAUUGUGGGUUAAAACUUAGCAGUAAACGCGCAUUUUUGUGUCAUCAAAAAAACCACAACAUCCGCCGAAAGCGUCGCCUGGGUCAACUUUCUAGUCUUGCGGCGCUCCUAGAUAGCAAGCAACCGGUUUCUUCGUGCCCAUGGUGUUCGAGGAUUUUCACAACCAAGGGCUGUGCCAAGUUACACUUCGUAGCCCACUUCUUAGUUGAUACAUUUCUUUGCAAGAAGUGUGGUCGUCGAUUUACCAGUGGAGCUUUGUGUAAACGGCAUAUGAGACAAAAACAUGCAUGUGAGCGUGACUCCCGGAGCUAUCCAGUCGACAAAACUCAAGCAACAGAGGGUGGCUCUUCAUCCAAGGAGCGUCCACACGUCUGCACCGUGUGCUCCUUCCGUUUCCAGCGCAGUUCUGACCUGCACCGCCACAUGUUCCUUCACACCGGUGUUCGCCCGUACGGCUGCAAGUUCUGCAACCGUCGCUUCAUCCUGCCCCGGCGCCUGCUGGCCCACGCGGGCGCCACCGGCAGUCUCCACUCCCACAUGCGGAUCCACACGGGCACCAAAAAGUACGCCUGUUCGCACUGCUCCCUCUCCUUCCGCACGCCUGUGCAGCGGAAGCGACAUCUCGCGGUGUGCGCAAAAAAGCCAAGCCAGGCCCCACUUCUCCAGCCCAGUUCCCUCUUUCUUCCCGACACAGAUCUCGAUGCUACACCGUCUGGAUCACAUUUCGACUUGAACCACUACUUAACUGACUUCCAGCAACUGACCGGUUUUAAGGAACUCCUAGCUUCUGACAAUGCAAGUCGCACUCCACCACCACCUCCUCCUCCUCCUCCUCCUCCCCCUUCUCUUACCUCUGCACAGAAGUAUGUUAAACUUGAUAGUGAAACCACGUACCCGUCGUGUUACACGAGCUACUUUCAGUGCAAGCAAUGCCUGCAAAGUUUUCCGACGAACAAGGCCUUUUUGAAUCACCAUUGUGCAUCCAAGGCUGUGUCUCCAAGAACUCUCCACCAGCUGGAAAAAAAAGCAACAGAGGUGCCUUCGAAUGCUCAGAAACGAGGGAGUCAUGUGUGUUCCACGUGCGGUAAGGUGUUUCCGCGCAGCACGGACCUCAGGCGGCACGAGAGGAUGCACACCGGGGAGACGCCGUUCGGGUGCAAUUUGUGCGGGGCGAGGUUUUCGCAGAGUGGGAGUCUUCGACUUCAUCAAAAAACCCACGAAGAAUCCAGGCGGCAGUUUCGGUGUCGAGUCUGUUCGGCCGCCUUCUUCCAACGCAGCAAUAUGCUCCGGCACAUGGCUCAGGUUCACAACCAACCCAGUAAAACUUGA